AUGGAUGAAUGGGAAGCCCCCCAGUGGAAAAAGGAAGUGGAAAGCCUGAAGUACCAGCUGGCGUACAAGCGGGAGAUGUCUUCCAAAACGAUCCCGGAAUUCCUGAAGUGGAUAGAGGACGGGAUCCCAGAAGACCCGUUUCUGAAUCCAGAGCUGAUGAAGAACAACCCCUGGGUGGAGAAGGGAAAGUGCACCAUCCUGUAG